AGAACGUUGGGUGGAGUACAGUAUUUUGAGAACCUUCUUUUCUAUUAGUCAAAUUUCACCUCCAAAGGAAAUGACUUCAGCAUGCACAAAGAUUGCUUUUAUAAAUAAGAAAAAUGGAUAAAACCAAAAGGGUACAAGGACAAGGGGUGAACUGCAGAACACAGAUUCAGAAAAAAUGGGUUCACAGAAGCAGGGAAUUAUCUUAUGGUUAUCAGGGCUUUUGUUACUGAACAUCUUCCUCUUUUCCAGGGCUGAUGUUCAUUCCUAUGAAUUUUUUCUACAAGAAUCCGAGUUUACAAAGCUCUGUCGCACAAAGAACAUCUUGACCGUAAACGGUAGUUUUCCAGGGCCAGAGAUUCGGGCUCGCAGAGGGGACACAGUUUUCGUCAAUGUCCACAAUCAAGGAAGCCAUGCUGUUUCCAUGGAGUGGGAGGGCGUUAAGGAAUCGAUUGCAGGUUCAGAUGAUUUGAUUCAGCCCAGAACAAACUUCACUUAUGAGAUCAAACUAUCUGAUGAAAUAGGAACUCUAUGGUGGCACGCCAAGAGUGCCUGGGCCAGCGCCACCGUCCACGGCUCCUUUGUCAUUUUGCCUGCAGCCAAUGAAGAUUAUCCUUUUCCUGCCCCUACUUCAGAUCAAACAAUUAUACUCGGAUCAUGGUUUAGACAAGAGUUGACGGAAGCUAAUGAAACCAUUGCCCCUGGCGCAGCAGAUGCUUACACAAUCAACGGCCAUCCUGGAGACACAUACGGAUGCCGCAACGACACAAUAUAUCAUCAACAAGUAGAUUACCAGAGCGUAUACCUUCUUCGUAUAGUAAAUGCUGCGGUGAAUGAAACAAUGAUGCUCAGCAUCUCCUACCACAGCUUCACUAUUAUCGGACAGAAUGGGGCUUACACCAGGAGGUCUUUCGCCAAUUCUCUAAGAAUAGCCCCAGGCCAAACACUUGACGUCUUGUUCUGUGCAAACCAAAACCUUGGCCAUUAUUACAUGACUGCUCGUCCUUCCUCCGGCGGACGUGUUACCACUGGAAUUAUACAAUAUACCACCACUGGUUCAUAAUUGGAUUACAUACUUUUCCAAUGUUAAAUGCAGGUUGUUGCUUAAAUAAGAGAAUCUAUGGGGCAAACUAUAUAUCAAUGCCCUCUGAACAAUUCAUGCUAGCUGUAUAAAUAAUUUGAAACUCCCCAUUAAAAAAUUGUUGGUUGGCUGUAAUUGGUGUUUGUUUUAUUUUAUUUUGAAUGAGAAGUUUUGAAUGGUA